GUUGCAGGUAUGGUUCCAGAACCGCCGGGCGAAAUGGCGCAAGACAGAGAAGUGUUGGGGCCGUAGCACCAUAAUGGCUGAAUACGGACUGUACGGUGCCAUGGUGCGGCACUCGCUGCCCCUACCCGAGACUAUCCUGAAGAGCGCCAAGGAGAACGAAUGUGUCGCCCCCUGGCUGCUAGGAAUGCACCGCAAGUCUCUGGAGGCGGCCGAACACCUGAAGGACGACAACAGCGGCACAGCGGGCAGUGACCACGAGGACGCGACUUCGCUGCGCACGGACGUGAGCGACACUAGCGCCGCCUCCGGCCACGCGGACAAAGAUGGGGGCGGGGCCUGCAGUCAGGUCACGCCCACUUCAGCACCUCCUACCGGCACUCAAGCACCGCCUACAGCGUACGCGGACGAUCCGGAGGUGUUCAGAAACAAUUCAAUAGCCUGCUUGCGGCAGAAAGCGCAGGAACAUCAAGCCAAACUCAUGAUGGGCGGAGUCAGGGAGCAGCAGACGUGCGACGCCAAUCAGAACAGCUUGUGUGGGCGGGACGAGAAAGCGGGGAUUUUCUGACAGGACGAACAGGCAUAAAGAUUUUGAAGUGUUUUGAUCGAAGCAAAUGUAUAGUAUCUCAAUAGAUACUCCUCAUCCUCACACUUUGUGUAAAAUCAUGUUAUUGAAAUAUUUUUAUGGGAAUAAUUAUUUUGGUAGAAUAUUGAAAAUAGGAACUGUCUUGUCCCUGUUUUAUAACAUGAUAAUAUUCCUAGAAGUUUGAUAAUGACCCGAGAUGUUCAUAAUAAGAUAACCUUACUAAUUGUCGGCUUGGCAACUCUCUCCACAUUCACAUUGAGGAUGAGAAAUGAAUAUAUUAGGAGUUUACAACCUUAUGUUGCUAAAUCAGGCCUAAAAUUUUGAGACCAAGAAAGUUUCGCCAAAAUACCAAAAUUCAUAAAAAAUGUGAAGUACAUUCAGUAAAAUUAUUUUGUACCAGAUUAAGUGAAUGAUAUUCGCUUG